GCACAUUUGCUGGGUCCCCACCUUGGAGCAAGUAGCAUGCGCUUUGGCCUGUACGCGUCCACGAGCUUGCUCGCCGGCGCGGGUCUCGUCGCCUACACGUACCACACGCGCCAGCAGUUCUACCCGACCGUCAUCUACCUCGUGACCUCCAAGGUCAGCGUCAUGGUGCUCUGCAACGUGGCCUUUGUGCUCACGAUUCUCUUCGGCCGCGUCUUCAAGCGCAUCUUUCUUGGCACGCUGCGCGACGCCGAGCUCGAGAUGCUCUAUGACCACGCCCGCUUCGCGAUCGCCGAAACGUGCUUUACGCUCUCGGUGUUUCGCGAAGAGAUGACACUCAAGGUGCUCGCGCUCUUUACGCUGCUCCUCUUCAUCAAGACGUUCCACUGGCUUUGUCAAUGGCGCGGCGAGCAUAUUGAGCAGUCGGAGGUGGUUUCGCGCUCGACGCACGUUCGCUUGGUCAUGCUCAUGUCACUCCUCGCCGCCGUCGACAUGUCGUUCGUCGUCCUCUCGGCUGUCAAGGUGCUCGAGCGCGGGCCGUCUGUCUUGGUCCUCUUUGGCUUUGAGUUUCUCGUGCUCUUUAUUUCGCUUGUCGCCGUAUUUAUGCGCUACGUGCUGCAUCUCAUUGAUGCGCGCGUGGAUGGCACGUGGGCCAACAAGUUUACCUAUGUGUUCUACCUCGAACUCAUCACGGAAAUCGUCAAGCUCAUCGUCUACCUGAUCUUCUUCAUGAUCAUCUUUACAUACUACGGCAUGCCGCUCCAUCUCUUGCGCGACCUGUGGAUGUCAAUUCGCAACCUCCAGCGUCGCAUCAUCACCUACUUCCGCUACCGCCGCAUCACGGCCAACAUGAACGAGCGGUUUCCGAGCCCGACUGAAGACGAGCUCAACGACACGGACCGCAUUUGUAUCAUUUGCCGCGAAGAAAUGACGCCGGAGACGUGCAAGAAGCUCCCUUGCUCGCACAUCUUCCACCUCAACUGCCUUCGCAUGUGGCUCCAGCGGCAACAAACCUGCCCGACGUGCCGUGCCAAUAUCCCGACCGACCGUCAGCCAGACGUGGUCCCAGACGACGCUGCCAACCCGCCGGCUGUGCCACCGCCAGCGGAGCGGCCCCAGCCACCUGUGCCCGAGGCAAACCAUGUUCCACCGCCCCCGGUUGCACCCCAACAUGCUCCUCCGGUUGCACCUCAUCAUGCUCCCCCACGACCUCUCCACCGGCCGGCGCCGUAUCAGCCGCCAGUCGAAGCGCCGCGCGCGGCACCGGAGCGAACGAAUGCUGUGCCUCCGCCUGUCAACGUCGGGGGCCCCGUGCCCGUCGCAGGUGGUACGUCGUUUCCGCCGCAUUUUGCGACGCCGCCACCGCCGAUUUCGGGCGGUGUCGCCCCGCCGCCGGCCCUGCACGGGAUCAUGGACCCCGCGCAGCUGCAUUACAUGCAGUCGCUGCACUACGGGCUUCAGUUGGACCCAAUGUACCUGCAGUACCAGCUCGAUAUGCUCCAGGCGCAGCUUCACGUCCUGCGUGCGACGUCAGUAGCAUUGCAAACGGGAUCGCUCAGCACCGCUGGCUUUGCAAUGCCUCCGAAUGCUGCCUAUGCACCAACGCCUUUCUCUGCGCCGACGCCGCCACCGGCGCCGACCUCGGCGCCCGUUGCAGCACCGGCGCCCGUGACCAUGCCAGUCUCGCUUCCUACAGUAUCGCCCGUCGAUGUCCCUGCGCCGGUGGCACCGGUUGCCGAGACAAUGACGCCGACCCAACCAUCGACACGGAUGGAGCCGGCGCCGGCCGUGACGACGCCCCUGCCUACGACACCUGUGGAGCCAGCUGCCGAGCCGAAGGAGCCGACGGUGGCCGCGCCGUUGUCGGAGGAAGAGGCCGAGCGCCUACGCCGUCGGGACGAACUCCGAAGGAUAUAUGCCAAGCGCUACGCCGACUCGUCGGAAAGCGCCACCAAGGACGAGAACGAGGCCGAGUAGGCAUCGCAACCCCUCUCGUUGUGCAGUAAUACAAUACUCGCUGCGUCUGUUGAACCUUAAUGAUGGCGUGGACGUGACAG